CCCUGCGGUGUCACGCCUCUUCCUCGUCUUGUUGACGCCCCCGCGCGGCCGCGCCGCAUCUCCUCGCUCGGCGCUUGCUCCUCAGGGGGGAAAAAAAAAACUAACCCUAGCAGCUGGCGGGCGGCGGCGCCGGCCAUCUUCUGAUCUUCCCAUCUCCGUUUCUCCCACUCCUUUCAAAGUCCAAUCCGGCAAUCGCAAUCCCCAAGAGCCAAGGCAAGGACCAGGCCGGAGGAGCGAAGCGUGGAGGUCAUGGCGUGGAGCCAAGCCAUGGACGCGACUUGUUAACCCUACCCCACCGCCGGUCAUGGCGUCUGCAGCGGCGGCCGCCGGCGAAGCCUCCACCUCGGGGUCCGCUGCGAGGGAGAAACCCAUCGUCGUCCGGGUCAAGCGCAAGCCCUCACAGACCCGCCCGGAUGCUUUCUGGCUAGAGAUUAAUGAGAGGCCGGCGAAGAAGGCGAUGCUCGAUUUCUCCAGCCUCUCCAUCUCCGAGCCCUCCUCUUCCUCCGCCGGUGCUGAAGCUUCAGAGGAACAACCACGGGUCAAGAAGCUUCUUGUUCAACACAUCGAGACAGUGCACCAUUCUGAAGCUGUUGAAGAUGUUUUGCACUCUCUUUUGCUUGCUGACUCAGCUAUCAAAGAGAUGAAGAGCAAGACAAAGCAGUGGAAUGACAGAAUCAAGCAAGACAAAAAAUCAGACCAGCUACGGUCAGCAGCCAGACAGAGGCAUGAGGAUGUGGGAAGAAAUGCUCGCUUUGCACAAAUAUGGAAGAGUCGGAAAGGACAAAAGAAUGAAGCUGAUGAAUCAUUAAGAGAAAUAUGCCAUCUUUACGACGCUGUCCAAGUAGAUACUGAUGAAGAGAAGCAUCCAGCAGAACCACGGAUCACUUCUUUCGAAGAGGGUGCUGUUUUGUGCAACUUUCUUCCACUUAUACGGGAGUACUUGCCAUCAGCUGCUGAGGAAAUUGAGUCGGAUAUUAUUUCAUUGGCACAAUCAGAAGAUUCAGAAGUUUAUGACAUCUAUACUGUCAAGGAGGUGGAUGAUACAAACAUGGAGGAUACCUCGGCAGCUUCAUAUCCACGGUUACAAGUAGAUGAUGGCGAAGAUGAAUGUUACGACGAUGACUACCCGUAUGACACAGAUGAUUCGAAUGCUGAAGACAAUCCACUUUUUGAUUAUCCUGAAGAACUGUCAGAGGAUGAGGAUGAGGAUGAGGAUGAUGGUAGCAAUGACGAGGACCCAUUUGGAGACAUGGAAGGUUCUGGCUCUGAGUAUGAAAAGGAAGAAGUAGACGUGGAAGAGGACGAACAGCGGUGAUAUAAAAUCUUAGGGAAACGUGCAGUUGUAAACGUGUGCUGAAUGUAAUGUGAGGAAGGAACGAUUACUGAAUCUUUCUGCUGCUCGUGCUGAGAGAUGAAUGGAGUUGCUCAGCAUUGUGCAUCACUUGGUAAACACUGUAAUUACUAUUCGUUUUUCCUAUAUAAUCGUUUUUCUACGCACCUAGUUA